CUGCCGAAAGAAGGCAUGAUAUAUAAAGGAAUGCCUUCUUCUAUUCAUUGCAUUUUCUUUUUUUGUUUUUAUACGUUUCUUAUAACAAGACUCAAGCUAAACGCAACACAAAACAAAUCAGCAAUAGCAACAACAGUUCAUAUCGAGCAAUAACAAAAAAUGUCCCCUUUCAUGUUGACCAAGUCUCCUCUUUUCGCUGCCAUUGGCCGUAACACCAUGACCGCUGCUGCAGUCCAAAGAUCAAUGUACUAUGUUCCCUCCGCCUCAUUACACAUUUCGUCUAUUAUCCAACGCGAAACUAUCAUUGACAAAGCCAAGAGUGCUGUCGAUGCGGUGAACAAAAAAGUGGGUGAAACACUGGCUGAUACACUCGAAACUGCUGAAAAUGUUAAGGAUAAUGUCGCUGAUGUCGCUGGCAAACAAGCAGAAAAACUGAAAGACCAAGCCUCCUCCACCUCUGAGCAAUUGAAAAAUAGUGCAUCCGGUCUUGACAAGAAGGUCGGUGAGAAGAUGAGUGAUGGUAUUGAAGCAGCACAAGACGUGGGUCGUGCUGCUUCUGAAAAGUCAGAGCAAUGGAAGAAGCAAGCACAGGAUGCCGCACAGGGUUUCAAGGACGGUGCUACCCCUAAUGAGCAAACUAUCCGUGACACAAUGAAGGAAGGAUCUAAAAAGGCUGGUGAUAUGUACGAUAAGGCAAAAGAAUCUGUAGGUAUGGGUGCUAAGCAAGCCGGUAACAAAGUUGAUGAACUCAAAGAUGAAGCCAAGUUAAACGCUAAGAAGGCUGCUAAUUACGUGGAUGAGACUAAAGACAAGGCUAAAAAAGAAGUCAAAAACAAGAUGAACUAGGCUUAAACCUCUGUAAAUAGUUUCUUUUCAAAUUCAAACAUCCUCACUGUACUUUUAUAUUUGUACCUGCUUUCAAUUUCCAUGUUACGUUUUACCAAUAAAUCUUAAUUUUGAUUCAUUCAA